GGGCCUCUCCGACUGGGCCGCCACCUCCUCCUCCCUCGCUCGCUCUCCCUUUUGUGAGUUAUAGCAACCGUUGCCUUGUGAAUCAAGCGCCAUAGUCACCGUAGUCCUGGCGACUGUUACCCAUCAACAACAACCGCUCCUCUCCUGCUCCUCCUCCUCCUGCUGCUCCUCACCCCCAUCCUCACCCCCUUCCUCAUCAUCACUCACAACAACAACAACAACAACAGCCGCCGCCUCCAGCAGCAACGACAGCCGGAGCAGCACCGCAGCCCGCCUCAGCCCAGAGACCACAAUGCAGACAUCAGAGGCUGGGUCGGAUACAGGUUCAACUGUGACUUUACAGACAUCUGUGGCUGGCCAGGCAGCAGUGCCCACGCAGGUAGUACAGCAAGUACCCGUUCAGCAACAGGUGCAGCAAGUGCAAACUGUACAGCAAGUACAGCAUGUCUACCCAACCCAGGUUCAGUAUGUGGAAGGAAGUGACACAGUCUACACUAAUGGAGCUAUCCGAUCAACAACUUAUCCGUACACAGAAACCCAGAUGUACAGCCAAAACACUGGAGGAAAUUAUUUUGAUACUCAAGGAAGUUCUGCGCAGGUGACAACAGUGGUCUCCUCUCAUAGCAUGGUGGGCACUGGAGGGAUUCAGAUGGGUGUCACAGGAGGACAACUCAUUAGCAGCUCAGGAGGGACCUAUUUGAUUGGCAAUUCAAUGGAAAAUUCUGGUCAUUCAGUGACUCAUACAACACGGACUUCCCCAGCUACAAUUGAAAUGGCGAUUGAGACACUGCAAAAGUCUGAUGGUCUGUCCACUCACAGAAGCUCUCUUCUCAACAGCCAUCUUCAGUGGCUUUUGGACAAUUAUGAAACUGCAGAAGGAGUGAGCCUCCCCAGAAGUACCCUUUACAACCAUUACUUACGACACUGUCAGGAGCACAAGUUGGAUCCAGUCAAUGCAGCAUCCUUUGGAAAACUCAUACGGUCAAUCUUCAUGGGAUUACGGACAAGAAGACUUGGAACUAGGGGGAACUCCAAAUACCAUUAUUAUGGGAUUCGUGUCAAGCCAGACUCUCCUCUUAAUCGACUACAAGAGGACAUGCAAUAUAUGGCUAUGAGACAACAGCCCAUGCAGCAGAAACAGAGGUAUAAGCCUAUGCAGAAAGUGGAUGGAGUUGCAGAUGGCUUCACAGGAAGUGGUCAACAGACAGGCACAUCUGUUGAACAAACUGUAAUUGCCCAAAGUCAACAUCAUCAGCAGUUUUUAGAUGCAUCUCGAGUACUUCCAGAGUUUGGUGAAGUUGAAAUAUCUUCUGUACCAGAUGGUACUACCUUUGAGGACAUCAAAUCACUGCAGAGUCUUUAUCGAGAGCACUGUGAGGCAAUUCUGGAUGUGGUAGUGAAUCUUCAAUUCAGCCUGAUAGAAAAGUUGUGGCAAACUUUCUGGCGCUAUUCUCCCUCUACUCCACCUGAUGGUACUACUGUUAAUGAACCAAGCAAUCUGAGUGAAAUAGAAAGUCGACUUCCGAAAGCAAAACUGAUUACUCUGUGCAAAAAUGAAUCUAUUCUGAAAUGGAUGUGUAACUGUGAUCAUGUGAUGUACCAGGCUUUGGUGGAGAUUCUCAUUCCUGACGUCCUUAGACCUAUUCCUAGUGCCUUGACCCAAGCCAUUCGCAAUUUUGCAAAAAGCCUUGAAGGUUGGCUUUCAAAUGCCAUGAACAAUAUUCCACAGAGGAUGAUACAAACCAAGGUUGCCGCUGUAAGUGCCUUUGCCCAGACUCUGAGAAGAUACACAUCUCUAAACCAUCUGGCUCAAGCAGCUCGUGCUGUUCUUCAAAACACUUCUCAAAUCAACCAGAUGCUCAAUGAUCUUAACCGUGUUGAUUUUGCCAAUGUUCAGGAGCAGGCUUCCUGGGUGUGCCAGUGUGAUGACAACAUGGUUCAGAGGCUAGAAACAGAUUUUAAAAUGACUCUUCAACAGCAAAGCACUCUGGAGCAGUGGGCUGCCUGGCUUGAUAAUGUAAUGAUGCAAGCAUUAAAACCAUAUGAAGGAAGACCCAGCUUUCCUAAAGCAGCACGGCAAUUUCUGUUAAAAUGGUCUUUCUACAGCUCAAUGGUGAUUCGAGAUUUAACCUUGCGCAGUGCUGCUAGCUUUGGCUCUUUUCAUCUGAUCCGUUUGCUUUAUGAUGAAUACAUGUUUUACUUAGUAGAACAUCGUGUUGCUCAGGCCACUGGAGAGACACCUAUUGCAGUUAUGGGAGAGUUUGGUGAUUUAAAUGCUGUGUCCCCUGGAAAUAUGGAUAAAGAUGAAGGCAGUGAAGUUGAAAGUGAAAUAGAUGAAGAAAUGGAUGAAAAUGGAGAGCCGCAAGCCAAGAGAGAGAAAACAGACCUAAACCAAGCAUUUCAGGUGGGCUGCAUGCAGCCAGUGCUUGAGAGUGGAGUACAGCAAAACCUCCUGAACCCAAUUCAUAACGAGCACAUUGUUGCAACUACUCAGACUAUCAGACAAUGCAGUGCUACUGGAAAUACAUAUACUGCAGUCUAAUGUGAAACUCCCCCUCCCCAUCAUUACAUCAUCCCUUUGGGUUUAGUAGGAAAAAAUAAAGAGAAAAAAAGUCCGAAAAUCGACUGUUGUCAAAUUUCAGCUGUACUCAACAUUAUUUUGUUGGAGUUAUUAAAUGGUAUGGGUGUAUACAUUUUGCCAGACCUGUUUAAAAAAGAUUUUUUUGUAAACAGGGUCAUUUUACAUUGGCCACUCAAUAUGAGGAGUUUUCUUAUAAUCGAAUGCAAGAAAGAUUUUUGCAAAGCUUGAUGUUAAUGUUUUUGUCCUCUUACAAUAAUUCAAUUUUUUUCAUAGUUUUUUAAAAAUAAUGUUCAUUAUUAGUUAUGGUGAUUAUUUCAUAUACAUAGGUUUUUAGAUAGAUGCACUUCUGUGAAAUAUCAAAAGAAUUAUUUUCUUUGAUUUACACUGGAGGCGUACUUAUUUGACAACAGAUGUAUCAAGUUUGUUAUAAAAGGUGCUUUUCCGUGGACAACUAGAAGACACUAUUUUGAUAAAAUUGUGAGUAUUCAGGGGGAUUUUUUGUAAUAAUGUUGAAGAGUUGAGAAGAUAUACUCGUUUCUUUCUGUGAGAAAGAAACAAGUUUAAAUGGUGGAAUUGUAACAUUGUGAUAAUAUGUACGUAAUAAACGUACCUAAUUAUCUGACCAUCAUAGUAAGAAUGCAAGGUUCAUUAAAAAUCAACAGUUCCAGAUAUUAUUUGCAUACCAGUUCCUCUGUUUUGAAGACUACUGAUACUAAAUGUGGUGCCACUGAGCAAGUGCUUUUGGCUGUUGAGUGGUACUGUAGCUGUUAGAAGCUGAAGCUGAAAAAGAAGUGACUUAAUUAUUACUGUUAAUUUUUAAGUGUACAUGCUACUUAAGCUGGACUGGACAUACAGGAAAAUAAUCCAUUUGGAUGACUUUCUUCUAUUCCAGGUCUUUUCGUAUUAGUGGUUCAAUCUGCUGCUCUUAGAAAAGAUAAUUUAUAGAAUGCAAGGAAUGUAGCAACCUGCAUCAUUUUCCUUUCAAAAAUAUUUCCUUGUUGUUACAGUGGAUUUAAAUUUUUACAAAAAAUUAGAUAAGGCAGUGUAACUGGCACACCUCACUUGUACUUAUUCCCAGUUGUGUAGAAUUUGAAUAGGUGGCUAGAUGGACCAUUGCCAUUUAAGAAUGUACAUCAGGGAUCAUUGUACCUCGGCUAUUACAUGGUGCCUUAAACAGAACUGAAGCUAAGACUUAGUACUUUUUGUUAUUCUUAACUCUUAAAUUAAUUCAACAAGGUGUGCCUGUCAUUUUCAAAUUCCCUAAGAAGUAAGGACAGGUUACAUAGCCUUCAAAAUAAUAAAAUGAUUUUUUAUUAUUAAAUGAUUUUAAUAUCCCUCUUAGAAUGACAAUAAACCUAUUUUUUCUUGUUUCUAGCUGGAUUUCACUUUAUUACAAAUAAAAUUUGCUUGGGAAUCUGGAAGGCAAACUAGCUUUAAUACCAUGUUCAGAUGUCAAGAUAGAUUGACCAUAGUCCCAAGCAUGAUUAUAUAUAUUUUUAGACCCAUGUCUACUUCUAAUUUUAAAAAGUAAAAAUAAAUAAAUGAGCAGGUACGUAAUGCAGUGCAUGUUUUCAAUUUGUAUGUUUUGUGGGGUAUCAGCCUGAUUUUACAUUUUAACGGCUCGAUCUCAUGUUGACAGUUUAUAUAGCAUACAUUAAUUGCCAUUUUUCUUCUUAAACAUUUCAUUAUGCAGACACACGAAUUUGCUACAUAAAAUAGGGAAUCGAAUAAGCAAAAAAAGCCAAAAAGUGAAGAACACACAAAAAAAAAUCAACUUUAUACAAAAGACUGAGUAAGAAAAUAAGAGAUUCUUUUAUUUUGGUUUACCCAGGUGUCUGUAAAAUGACUUGAAAGUAAUAUGUAACAAAUGGGAGAAGAAUAGCUAAGUGAACAGUGUAUUUAUAGGAAAGAAGUUUGUUGCUAUCGAUUACAUAUGCUCCAACUACAGCUACAUAUCAACUAAAAUGUCCUAACAUUUUUGGUGCGCAAAAUUAAAUUUAAAUUCCUUUAAAGAAUUGGGAGGUAAACCCAUCCUGCUUACUCUGUGUAGGCAUAAUUCCUACUUGAUGUCAGUAAAUGGCUUUUGCCUCAGUAAGAAGUGAAAGUGAGGUUUAUAUUCGUUAUUUCUAAACUCAUAAAUGCACUGAAUCUCAUUAUAGAUUUUACUCUCAUAUAUAUUGCUCAGUGUGUCCUGAUUUUUCCUUGGAAAUCAGCAUAGCUGUACCCUUCACCAAAAAUCCUAAAACUAAGCUGUGAUAAAUAUUUACUCCCCUUCAUUGUGCAUUAUAAGAUGUUUACAAUUAAAAUAAAGUGAAAUAAUUCAAA